UCUGGUACUUGUGCCUCUGUCAGCUCUCCCGACGACCCGUAGGCGCCCCUGGCGGCUCAUUUGGUGUAGUCCACCAUGGAGAUCUCAAUAUCGAACACAGCAUUGUCCUGCCAGCUAUUGCCACAGUCUCUAUAUAAGGGGUCGGUGUCUGCACCCAUCAAGCAUCAUCCCACACAGUCUCUUCUUCCCAACAGACAAGAUGUACAGGUCUCUCGCCCUCACCUCGCUCACCGUCCUGAGCGCCGUCCGCGCCCAGCAGGUCGGUACCUCUCAGACUGAGACCCACCCCAAGAUCACCUGGAAGACCUGCACUGGCACCGGUGGCAACAGCUGUACCGCGAAGACGACCCCCAUCGUCCUCGACUCCAACUGGCGUUGGUCUCACAACAUCGGCGGCUACACCAACUGCUUCACUGGAAACACCUGGGAUGCCACUCUCUGCCCCAACGGCGCCACCUGCGCCACCAACUGCGCCAUUGACGGUGCCGACUACUCUGGUACCUACGGUAUCACCACCGCCAGCGAUGCCCUGACCCUCAGGUUCGUCACCAAGGGCCAGUUCUCCACCAACGUCGGAUCCCGAACCUACCUCAUGGAGACCGACACCAAGUACCAGAUGUUCAACCUCAUCAACAAGGAGUUCACCUUCGAUGUUGACGUUUCCAACCUCCCCUGCGGUCUGAACGGUGCCCUCUACUUCGUCGAGAUGGCUGCCGACGGUGGCCUGAACAAGGGCAACAACAAGGCCGGUGCCAAGUACGGAACUGGAUACUGCGACUCCCAGUGCCCCCACGACAUCAAGUGGAUCAACGGCGCCGCCAACGUCGAGGGCUGGUCCGCGUCCCCCAACGACCCCAACGCCGGCAACGGCAAGCUCGGCGCCUGCUGCGCGGAGAUGGACAUCUGGGAGGCCAACUCCAUCUCCACCGCAUACACCCCGCACCCCUGCAAGAACGCGGGCCUCCAGGCCUGCACGGGGCUCGACUGCGGCGACGGCGCGGACCGCUACAAGGGCGUGUGCGACAAGGACGGCUGCGACUUCAACAGCUACCGCAUGGGCGUCAAGGACUUCUACGGCCCGGGCAUGAAGCUCGACACCAAGGCCAAGAUGACCGUGGUCACGCAGUUCAUCGGCUCCGGCUCGAGCCUCAGCGAGAUCCGCCGCUUCUACGUGCAGAACGGCAAGGUGUUCAAGAACAGCAACUCCGCGAUCCCCGGCGUGACCGGCAACUCGCUCACCAACGCGUUCUGCGCGGCCCAGAAGAGCGUGUUCGGCGACACCUCGUCGUUUGCGAAUCUCGGCGGCAUGAACGGCAUGGGUGCAUCCCUCGCGCGCGGCCACGUCCUGGUUAUGAGUCUCUGGGACGACCACGCGGUUAACAUGCUCUGGCUCGACUCCAACUACCCGACUGAUGCGGACCCGAGCAAGCCUGGUAUUGCGCGCGGCACGUGCCCGAUUACGUCCGGUAAGCCUGAGGACGUCGAGGCUAACAGCCCCAACUCCAGCGUGGUGUUUUCGAACAUCAAGUUCGGCACUAUUGGCUCGACCUUCAACCAGGCGGCUGCUGUCUAAGCUGGAGGAGUGUCGGGGAGUGUCGGGGGAGUGUGCGGGCAAAGAGAGGUUUGAGGCGGUUUCUCGGGGUGUAUAUAUUGCUGCGUUUCAAGACGGAGAGGGGUGUAUAUAGAUCAUUCGCUUGCAGAAAUAAACCGG